UAUACCAACUUCAUCAUGAUUGAAGACAAUAAGGAGAACAAAGACCAUUCUUUAGAAAGGGGAAGAGCAACCCUCAUUUUUUCCUUAAAGAAUGAAGUUGGAGGACUUAUAAAAGCCUUGAAAAUCUUCCAGCUGCCCAAAUUGGUAAGAGAAGAUACCCUCCUACCACAGGAGAAGCAUGUGAACCUGUUACAUAUCGAGUCCCGAAAAUCAAAGAGGAGAAGCUCAGAAUUUGAGAUUUUUAUUGACUGCGAUAUCAACAGAGAACAGCUGAAUGAUAUUUUUCAUCUGUUGAAGUCUCAUACUAAUGUUCUCUCUGUGAAUCCACUAGAUAAUUUCACUGUGAAGGAAGAUGAUAUGGAAACUGUUCCUUGGUUUCCAAAGAAGAUUUCUGACCUGGACCAUUGUGCCAACAGAGUUCUGAUGUAUGGAUCUGAACUAGAUGCGGACCAUCCUGGCUUCAAAGACAAUGUCUAUCGUAAAAGACGAAAGUAUUUUGCAGACUUGGCUAUGAACUAUAAACAUGGAGACCUCAUUCCUAAGGUUGAAUUCACUGAAGAGGAGAUUAAGACCUGGGGUACGGUGUUCCGAGAGCUCAACAAACUUUACCCAACCCAUGCCUGCAGAGAGUAUCUCAAAAACUUACCUUUGCUUUCUAAACAUUGUGGAUACCGGGAAGAUAAUAUCCCACAAUUGGAAGAUGUCUCAAACUUUUUAAAAGAGCGCACGGGUUUUUCCAUCCGUCCUGUGGCUGGUUACUUAUCACCCAGAGAUUUCUUAUCAGGCUUAGCCUUUCGAGUCUUUCACUGCACACAGUAUGUGAGGCAUAGUUCAGAUCCCCUCUACACCCCAGAGCCAGAUACCUGCCAUGAACUCUUAGGUCAUGUCCCCCUUUUGGCUGAACCUAGUUUUGCUCAGUUCUCCCAAGAAAUUGGCCUGGCUUCCCUUGGAGCUUCAGAGGAGGCUGUUCAAAACCUGGCAACGUGCUACUUUUUCACUGUGGAGUUUGGUCUGUGUAAACAAGAUGGGCAGCUAAGAGUCUUUGGUGCUGGAUUACUCUCUUCUAUCAGCGAACUCAAACAUGCACUUUCUGGACAUGCCAAAGUAAAGCCCUUUGAUCCCAAGAUUACCUGCAAACAGGAGUGUCUCAUCACAGCCUUUCAGGAUGUCUAUUUUGUAUCUGAAAGCUUUGAAGAUGCAAAGGAGAAGAUGAGAGAAUUUACCAAAACAAUUAAGCGUCCAUUUGGAGUGAAGUAUAAUCCAUAUACACGGAGUAUUCAGAUCUUGAAAGACACCAAGAGCAUAACCAGCGCCAUGAACGAGCUGCAGCACGACCUCGAUGUUGUCAGUGACGCCCUUGCUAAGGUUGGCGGGCAGCUGAGCAUCUGA